UUCCGAUUGGGUUCGUUGUUGUUUUGCAUUCAAGCAGAGCGGACGGAUAUAUUCGAUAUGUCAGCGUAUUUUAUAAAAUAGUAUAGAAAAUAUUUCGCAAAUGUCGCUGCUUUGGAUCACGUUACAGCUGAUAUUGCUCUGGACGGCAGUGGAGGCAAGUGCGAGCGAGAGAGCAAGAGAAAGAGAGAGAGAGAGCGAGAGUGUCUCUUUGAUCUUCCUAAGUAUUAUUCAUUAAUUGGCAUCCUUCUCAGAUCAAUGGAUUGGCCAAGUUCACAAAUGUCCAGUGCUCUAGUUUGGAUACCAACAUCAGCGUGUUCACAUCUUGUCGCCUCUAUGCGGUUAAGCGAGACGUCGUCGAGAUGAGUUUGCGGAUAAAGAUCUUGCAGUUUCCCAAAAGGCCAGUUGCGAUGCGAAUUCAGCUGCUGAAGCGUGCUAGCGGCUAUAAGCCCUUUCUCUACGAUGUCAAGCAUUGCAAUAUGUGCGAGUAUCUGGAGAAACGGAAUCAUCCGUUUGUGAACAUUGUCUUCAAUAGUUUCGCCAAUCAUACAAAUGUGAACAAGUGUCCCUUGCCCUCUGAGCUCAGUGUGGAGCAUUUUCGAUUUCCGGUCAAGUCGCUCGAUUUUCUACCUCUGCCUGGGGGCGACUAUGCGAUCUAUUCCACAUUCAGCCUGGAUCAUCGAGAUCGCGUCUCGCUGAAAGUGUUCUUCACGCUGACCGAAUAAUAAAUAUGAGAGCGCAUUUCAAUAAUAAUUAAAUUAUAAUAUGAAUAUGAUAUAAAUAAAUGUGUGUACGUAAACGCUUUCAAUAAAUCGAAUAAUUGUAAUUGGA